AAAUAAAUAAAGUGAGAAAAAAAGAGGUGGUUAUGUCGGUUCUCUACGGGGCGAAGACCCGGAUAUGUAUGGUGGCGCACACCACAGCAGAUCUUUAAAUUCUUCUCCUUCGAAGAUCAAUUCUCCGGUUCUUCAUCCAUCAAAAACCCUAACCACAUUCUCUCUCACCUCACUCUCCUACUCUUCUCAAUCUGUUACUCCCAUGAGCUAUUACAUGAAUAAUGAAGAUACACGCAGAGGUUUGAAAAGAAAGCCCCCAUAUAUGGAUCGAGGGCAUGAACGGGGACCUUACAAUAUGAAUUCUAGACCUUAUGAUAGGAACAUGGUUCCUGAUGGUUGGUUUGACUGCCCAGCACAUGGACAAGAAUUAGGACGCAUAAUCCCUUCAAAGGUUCCACUUGGUGAAUCCUUCAAUGAUAACAUUCCACAUGAAAAAUAUACUCCCAAACAAGCGAUUCAUCAACAGAGAGUCUUAGGUCGGGAACUUGGUUUAGUGAUUGAUCUGACAAAUACUACUCGUUAUUAUCCUCUAUCAGAUUGGACAAAAGAAGGAAUUGCUCAUGUCAAGAUAAGAUGCAAAGGAAGAGAUGCUGUACCUGAUGAUCAAUCUGUACAAAAAUUCUGUGAUGAGGUUCAAGAUUUUUGCUCCCAAAGAACAAAUGAAAAGAAGUAUAUACUUGUACAUUGUACCCAUGGGCAUAAUCGCACAGGUUAUAUGAUUGUUCACUUUCUUGUGCGUACGAAAUCUAUAUCUGUUACCGAGGCGAUAAAUAAAUUUGCUUUGGCACGUCACCCAGGAAUUUACAAGCAGGACUAUAUUGACGCCCUGUACAUGUUUUAUCGUGAAAAGAAACCUGAAGAUCUCGUUUGUCCUCAAACUCCUGAAUGGAAGAGAACUUCGGAUCCUGAUUAUCGUGGCCCAACUGUCCCGGCCGUGGACAAUUAUGGGCACAUUCCAGAACAGGAGAAUAUAGUCAGAAAUGAAGUAUUGACAACUGACGAUGUUUUGGGAGAUCCAAUUCCUCCAAAUCAGCUGCGAGCGAUGCAAGAAGUUUGUUACCAACUGCUCAAGUUGAACACCGGGGGAAGAGGACGAUUGCAGUUUCCUGGAUCACACCCUGUUUCUCUGAACAGGGAAAACCUGCAACUCUUGAGACAACGAUAUUAUUAUGCCACAUGGAAAGCUGAUGGGACACGCUAUAUGAUGCUGAUUACUUGUGAUGAAUGUUAUUUGAUUGACAGAAAAUUUCUUUUCCACAGGAUCAAUAUGCGAUUUCCUUGCAGAUAUUCAAAUGGGGGUACACCUGAGAGGAAUCACCACUACACAUUACUUGAUGGGGAGAUGAUUAUUGACAGGGAUCCACACACACAUAAGCAAGAGAGAAGAUACCUCAUCUAUGAUUUGAUGGCAAUCAAUCAGGUCUCUUUGAUAGAGCUGCCGUUUUAUGAAAGGUGGAGAUUGCUGGAGAAAGAAGUAAUUGAACCUCGUAACAUGGAGCGUGAGGGUCUUUCAAAAAAUACGGAUCCUUAUUAUAGAUAUGACUUGGAACCAUUUAGUGUGAGAAGGAAGGGAUUUUGGUUACUAUCCACUGUAUCCAAGCUCCUACAUAAGUUCAUUCCACAACUAUCGCAUUCAUCAGACGGUCUUGUAUUCCAGGGUUGGGAUGAUCCAUAUGUCCCUCGCACACAUGAAGGUCUUCUGAAGUGGAAAUACCCCGAGAUGAACUCUGUGGAUUUCCUCUGUGAGGUGGGAGCUGGUGAUCGUCCCAUGCUUUUUCUGUUUGAACGUGGACGGAAGAAGUUCAUGGAAGAGAAUGUUAUCUUUAAAGAUGCAUCAGACAUUUCUUCCUAUUCCGGAAAGAUCAUUGAAUGCUACUGGGAUUCCGGGGAGCAUCAUUGGGUCUGUAUGCGGAUAAGAAUAGACAAAGCAACUCCGAAUGAUAUCAAUACCUAUAGAAAGGUAAUGCGAAGCAUAAAGGAUAACAUCACUGAAGAAGUCUUAUUGAAUGAGAUCAAUGAGACAAUUUGCCUACCCUUGUAUGCAGACAGAAUACAAAAGGAUAUCAAGGCUCAUCAGCAUAUGGUCUCCUCAAGGCGCAACAUAUCACAAGAUCAUAUUGGAAAAAGCUCAACAGAAACGGCUUUAACAGGAUACAAUAACUCAAGAUUUCACUAGUUUAUGUAUUCUUUUUCAAGCAACUUGUAUUAUAUUUGACACUUGAUAGAUGUGCUACAGAUAACAAGUUUGUGAUACAGAUACUGAUGCUGUUGUUUAGAUCUUAAGCACGCAAUGGAAUUCUGUAACUGGGGUUGACGUGCCUAA